AUGCAGCUCCAGCUCCUUGCUCUCGCCACUGCGCUCCUCUCGGGAGUGGUCAUCGCCCACCCGGGCCAUGACCACACUCUCAGCCACUCAGAGAUUGCCCGUCGCUCCAACCUCGCCAAGCGUUGCGCUGUGCAGUCCGGACAGUUCCAGGAGGUUCGCAGGAAGCGUCAAGCCGAAAAGCGCUCGCUUGUCAGCCGUUCCUUCGUUCGGCGCGACAGCAAUGUCACCAUCCACACCGAGGGCCCUCACUACAGCACCCUCCAGAACGACACUUGCGUCCUGACACCCGAGGUUACCCAGGGACCUUACGUCUGGCCCCAAUCCCAGACCCUGCGCCAGGACAUGAGCGAAGACCAGCCCGGUGUUCCUCUUUAUCUGGACAUUGGUGUCCUCAACGUCAACACCUGCGAGGUAAUGGAGGAUGUUCUCGUUGACCUCUGGCACUGCAACGCUACCGGAUCUUACAGCUCAUUCACGCACCAAAGCCCCAACACCCCCUUCAAAGAGCUCCUCGACCAGCUCAACGUCACCAUCGGCCCCGAUCUGGAUCUGCACACCGACGCCACCACCUGGCUCCGUGGUAUCUGGCCCACUGACUCCAACGGCAUCAUGGAGAUGAAGACUGUCUUCCCCGGCUUCUACGUAGAGCGCACCAUCCACAUUCACGCCCAGGUCCACACCGACUGGUCCAUCCGCAGCAACGGCACCAUCGUCGCCUCUAAUAUUGUCAGCACCGGCCAGCUAUUCUUCGACGAACCCCUCAGCCAGCAGAUCAUGGCCCUCGAGCCCUAUGUCAGCCACACCGAGAUUAAUCGCACCACUAACGAUAUUGAUAGCAUCUUUGCCGAUGAGAGCAAGGGUAACUGGAACCCCAAUAUGGUUGUCGAGGCACUUGAUGGCGAGGAUGUUACCAAGGGAAUGCUUGCCUACAUCACCAUUGGUGUUGAGGCGUAG